AUGGUCUUUAUGGCAAAGGAUCUUCUCACGAAUGAGACUGUCGCCAUCAAGUGCCUGACGAAGAAGUCGGCCGCGGACGAGUACACGAUCGACUUUGCCGUCGACGAGAAGUCCGAAGAGCUUGUUCUUCACAGCCGCCUUGGUCGUCACUCCAACAUCGUCAACCUGAUUCAUUCUUUUGAGACCGACGCUCACAUCUACCUGGUUCUGGAAUUCUGCCAGCAGGGUGACCUUUACGAGGCCAUUCGUGUUGGCCAGGGGCCUCUGGAGACAGAGCAUGUGCGUGGUUUCAUGCUGGAAUUGGUCGACGCUGUUGCCUACAUUCACUCGAAGGGUAUCUAUCAUCGGGAUAUCAAGCCAGAGAAUAUCUUUCUCACCCAAUCUGGAUCCAUGAAGUUGGGUGACUUCGGCUUAGCUACUACCGAUAAGUGGACCUAUGAGACAACUGUGGGCAGCGACCGAUACAUGUCACCGGAACAGUAUGACUCGGCUGGAGCUGGCUACUCCCCAGCUCAGGCAGACAUCUGGGCCAUCGGCGUCUGCCUCCUGAACAUUCUCUUCUCGCGCAACCCGUUCACCACUCCGACUGAGGCCGAUCCGCUCUUCUUGGACUUCUCUCGAGACAAGCAAUCGCUUUUCGACGUCUUCCCGUCGAUGUCCCAGGAUACCUACGAGGUUAUUGUCCAGUGCAUGAACCUCGAUCCUAGCAAGCGAUCUCUUGUCGGUGCUCGCGAUGCUCUCCGCCGUGUCGUUAGCUUCACUACCCUUGAAGAAGACAUUGAUGAGUUCUGCUGUGCUGAGCGUACAAACAUCGCUACUGCCAAUCGCGAACCCCUGCGCACUCCUUCGAUCCAGAGUCCUCAGGUCGACACUGGUGCCUUCCCCUGGGCCAAGGCUCUACAGGCCAACCCUGCUCAGCCGGUCCGUCAGCUCAGUGUCAUUCCGGACAAUGAAAGCUACAGCGAGGAUCUUUUCUCGAAGUCCGAGGCAACAACGGCAACCGAUUGGUUCUCCGCGCAGACGCCUUCCAUCUCAUCUGUUCUUGACUCUAGCCUCGGUGCCUCUAUGCAGUCUCUCGCCAUCAGCCGACCUUCGGCUAUUCCAUCCAGGUCUGCUGCCAAAGUCUCGCCCAUGGCUGGCUCACUUCCGAUUACGAUGUCAAAGCCUCGUCAGCCCGCCAUGUCCCUCGUCUUCGGCCGCAAGGAAGGUGUGUCGAAGAGCUGGAGCGACCUGUGGGAAGAGGAUGUCGAGGAGGAGGAAGAGGAACGUGCUCGCCAGCUUCAAGCUCUCAAGCAGCUCAAUGCUAGAACCUGGAGCCAGGAGAGUAAGACGGAUGACAACACUCCCCGUCAAGGCCUGUCGCCUACUGUCAAGGCCUCUACGUUGAAUGCCAAGGCCAGCGUUCCUUCUAUGGAUGAGGCACUUGCCACCAACAUCGACGACGACCUCGUCGCGGAUGGCUUCUUCUUCCAUGACGAAUCUUCUACCAAGAUUCAGCUUCCUCAGCGCUACUCACCCCCAUCCAAGCGCAGCACAGUUGACAAGUGGGCGGCAUUGGGUGAGCGACGCCGAGCAUUCACGGGUUCAUCUAGCAAGUCCCCAGAGUACACGCUCAAGACAGGGCGUCAGCAAAUGGAAUUCUCGGGACAAGGUUAA